AUGACUUUGUACGACAACUACAAUAGUGACAAUGGAGUGACCGGCAACAACAACAACAACAGCAACAACAACGGUGGUAGGAAUAGUGCCGAAUUUAGCAAAGCUGUAGUGACGAACAGUUCGAUGCGACCAUCAUGUUCUAGUAUCAGUGUUAUGGUUGAAGGUGGUUUGAGAUGGAAAACGAAUGUGGUAACUGGUGGUACCAUUUCUUCAGCUGCCACUUUACCCAGACGGGAUUUCCACUUCAAGCGCAUUGAAAUUGAAGAAACGCCGAAAUGGUUUGUUUGGCCUAAACGUAACAAAGAGAGCAAAUCAUCAAGGAAUGAGAUGAUGAUUCGAAGUUCAUCUGGUAACAACAAUCUUAUUUCUCCUCCUGAUACAUUACCAUCGAAAAAUCCUCCUGUAGCGGUCUCAGCAAUACCGCAAAAUAUUAUAAAUUUGACAAACACUAACAAUAAUUGGCAGCAAAAUUUGGUGGAGCAGGACAAUUUAAAUCGCAUAACAUUGGUUCAGUCUCGAAGUGAUGAUACAAUGAUGCAAUCAGGUGCACGUCAACAUCGACAACACGAGAUGCACUAUCAUACCGUGACCAGUGCAGGAACCAGUGCAGAACUCAUUAAUAUAUCUAGUUCUGAACCAAAUUCCUAUAUUAUGCACUGUCACAUUGCAACCAGAGCUGAUAGUGAACAUCAUAUUUCAGGAUCUGUUCCAACUGCUUCUCAAACAUUUAAAAUUUUGUCAAUUUCGAAAAAAACCUUGGAAAGUUACGAUGAUGACGACUUAGAUCUCGCAAACUCUGUCAUUUCGAGUUGUCGACAGUCACGUUCUCAGCCGAUAGUACUUUUGUCUCGACCAACAGCUGGUGACGCUAUUAAAAAAGUUCACUGA